AUAUGUCUUCACAAAAGGACACGCUGCAUGAGAUCCACGUCAGCAACCUGACCUUCUCAUUUGCGCCAUCCGACCCCAACGUCGAGCCGUCGCUUGUAGAUGUCUGUCUGGAACUGCCGAAGGGCUCGCGGACAAUUUUAAUCGGGGCAAAUGGGGCUGGAAAGUCGACUCUGCUUCAGAUCUUGGCUGGAAAGCGCCUCAUCUCGCGACAAGGCACGGAAGUGAAGAUCAAGGACCGCGACGUAUUUCGGCAGUACCCCCAGGGUGUGACUUUCUUGGGCACUGAGUGGGCUAUGAACCCGGUUGUUCGAGGCGAUAUCAAGGUCGAAGACUUCCUCAACUCUGUUGGAGGCUACCGCCACAAGGCAAGACGAGAUCUGCUUCUCGAGAUUUUGGAUGUCGACCUGGACUGGCACAUGCAUGCCAUCAGCGAUGGUGAACGGCGGCGAGUUCAGCUUGUUAUGGGUCUCAUGGGCGAGUGGGACGUGCUACUGCUAGACGAGGUCACUGUUGACCUCGACGUACUCGUGAGAGACGAUCUGCUCAGGUUUCUAAAGCAGGACAGCAUAGAGCGCGGAGCAACGAUACUCUAUGCCACGCAUAUCUUCGAUGGCCUGAAUGAUUUUCCCACUCAUGUUGCGCACAUGCGCUUUGGGUCGUUCCUUACACUACCCACUCCUUGGCCAUUCCCAACGGUCGAUGCUGCCGGACCAAACACUCUACUAUACAACGUCGCUUUGCAGUGGCUAAAGGAGGAUCGCGAGUUCCGCAAGGAGCUCGAGAGGAGUGGUAAGAAAGUGAGGGGGCCUAGAAAGGAAGAGGUACCGGAGAGCUCGGAGGCUUUCUAUAAAAAGUAUGACUACAGCCACUGACAGCUCGUCUAACAAUCAUCUCUAUCUCUCGUGCAUGUCAUGUUCAACACUGGCGCAGUUCAUGAGCUCAACCCCAUUGUAGCAAAUACUAGUACUGUAACCACAAUGUCUGGAUACCCUGCACUCAACUUGCAUGUUGCCGCCGCAUUCAACUGUAGAUCUAAACCGCUCGUAUGACAUAUUUUCGU